AUGGAAAGACAUUAUAGAAAGCAUCUCUUGAGAUCAAGACCUAGAAAUAAUGAUUUUCAGAGAUUUGGAAAUAUGAAUCGCAUGAUAUAUGAGACUGAUAGAAGAUGUGUAGACGAACUCCGCAUGGAUUUACAUACAUUCUCCAAGUUAUGCUCUAUGCUAAGAGCCACUGGUAGACUCCAUGAUACAAGAAAUGUUUCUGUAGAUGAAAUGGUAGCUGUCUUUUUGAAUGUAUUGGCACAUCACAAGAAGAACAGAGUCAUACAAAAUGAUUUUUACCGUUCUGGGGAAACCAUUAGUAGAUAUUUUAAUGCAGUUUUAGGGUCAGUUUUAUGUCUACAAAAUGAGUUGUUACCGGUGCAUGAGAACUCUACAGAUGAGAGGUGGAAAUGGUUUAAGAAUUGUCUUGGAGCGCUAGAUGGGACAUAUAUUAGAUUACAUGUACCAGAAGCUGACAAGCCUAGGUACCGAACUAGGAAGAAUGAGAUUGCUACAAAUGUCUUGGGAGUAUGCUCCCAAGAUAUGCAAUUCAUAUAUGUAUUACCUGGUUGGGAGGGUUCUGCUGCAGAUUCUCGAAUACUUCGUGAUGCAAUUAGUAGAAGACAUGGGUUAAGGGUCCCUCAUGGUAAGAGAUGA